ACAUACAUUCAUUCCACAGGAAAGAAAUACUGACAAAUGAUGAGUAAACAAGUGAAACACAACAAGAAGAUGAAAAUUGCAUUAGUCUAAAAAGUUACAAUCGAACUUCGAACACGCCUAUAUUGAACCAAUCACGUUAAACCCACAUGAACUCAGUCCUGAUUUGCAGGCUGCGUACCGCCCACGAACAACGUAUAUGAGCGUUGCAGAGAGAGACCAGGCGUGUUUACGAAGUUUGAACGUGCGAAAAGUUUCCGCGAGAAUAUCCGCCAGAUAUCCGACGACUCUGCACGACUCCCCCCCAGGCGAAGCCAUCCCCCAUGCAGAUCCGCUUUGCCCCGCUCAACGUCCCGCUAAGGCGAAGAUUGCAAACCGCUGCCGUACUGCAGUGGAUCUUCUCCUUCUUGGGUUUAGCCCAAUGCUGUCUGGCCGCCUUCAUCCUGUUGUCUUUCUCCACCUGGUGGAUGGCGGCGCUGCUCUACGCCGGCUGGUUGUGGCUGGACUGGGACACACCCAACCGCGGAGGUCGCAGGUGCCAGUGGCUCCGGCGCUGGGGAGUGUGGGAACAUUUCCGUGACUACUUUCCCAUAAAGCUGGUGAAAACGGUUGACCUGGACCCUGGCAAGAACUACAUAUUUGGAUUCCAUCCACAUGGCGUGCUGGCCACCGGGGCGUUCUGUAACUUCUGCACCGAGUCCACGGGUUUCACGGGUCUCUUUCCUGGACUCAAAUCUCACCUGCUGAUGCUGCCCUUCUGGUUCCGAGUGCCGUUCUUCAGAGAUUACAUCAUGUGUGGAGGUCUGGUAUCAAGCUCCAAGUCCAGCCUUUCCUAUCUGCUGAGUCGUCCUCAAGGAGGAAACGUCGCCGUCAUUGCAGUAGGCGCAGCUCCAGAGGCGCUGGAUGCUCGCCCAGGAGCUUUGACGCUCCAGCUACGGAAAAGGAAGGGCUUCAUCAAACUGGCUCUGAGACACGGAGCUCAACUGGUACCCGUCUUCUCGUUUGGAGAAAACGAGCUGUUUGAUCAAAUUCAGAACCCGACCGGCUCUCCUCUCAGGACAUUGCAGGAACGGCUACAAAGCAUUAUGGGAAUAGCACUGCCUCUGGUCAACGGCAGAGGAAUCUUUCAGUACAGCUUUGGGCUGAUGCCGCACAGGAAAGCCAUACUCACAGUUGGUACGAUCCAUCCAUACAUGUCAACAACGACCCCCGGUGCCCCCAGUCUGCGUCUGUCUCUCCGCACCACUCAGCAGUGUAUCUGUUUGCAGUGGGGAAGCCAAUCCAGGUCGCAACCUGUCCGAGUCCAGAAAGCAAGGAUAUUGACUCUCUUCACAAAGUUUACCUGAACCAUCUGAGCGAGCUGUUUGAGCAGCACAAACACGAAUAUGGUCUGCAGGAGCACCAUCACUUGACCUUCACCUGACCUUCUUGCACUGUUUUCUCUCUGUCCAAUAAAAUUGUUACACACAAAUGCAUGAUUGACAGAAUAUGAAUCUACAUUUUUGCUUCAUACGAGGGGCAGGCAAAGUAUUUUUAAUUUGGGCCAGCAGGCAUUUACACUAUCAAAAGUCCUGUCAUACUUUACCGUGUUGGUUGCAUUAAUCUCGUUAUUUUCUUCCUAAAAAAUAUUUUUGUCAUUCAAUAAUUGUUUAUUGUAUAUUAAAAUAUGUAUAUAUUUUGUUAUGAAUAAAUGGCAUACAUGACAAAGUAGCUAUAGUUAUAAAAAUAAAGCAUGCACAUUACUUAUUGUUUAUUAUACAAAAUAAAAAUACUGUACAUUCAUCAUGUCACUAAUUUCACCAAUGAGAUACUAUUGUAUAACUACUUUUGCAACCACCAUAUAUAAUAAAUGAUUUUGAAUGAGUGAUGCAAUAUAAAACUGAGAAUAAAUUUAUUAAAAUAUCAUUUAUCUCAUGAAA